GUGACUUGAGAAAAGCAAAAGAACGGAAAGACACGCUUCUGACAUCAACCUGCGAUUGUUCCACGAGAGAUAUAAGUAGCAGGUGUGCGGAGCCAUGCCCUGCGUCCAGGCUCAGUAUGGGACAUCACCUCCAGGAGCCAGCCCUGCAUCUCAGAGUUACAGCUACAACGCCACGGGAGAGUACAACUGCGACUUCUUAACACCGGAGUUUGUCAAGUUUAGCAUGGACCUGACUAACGCAGAGAUAGCUGUCACUUCCUCGCUCCCCAGUUUCAGCACCUUUGUGGACACCUACAGUUCCAGCUACGACGUGAAGCCUCCCUGCCUCUACCAAAUGUCCCACUCUGGGGAUCAGCUGUCCAUCAAGGUGGAGGAGAUACCCGCACACAGCUACCAUCCGCAGCAGCAGCAGCACCACCAUCAUCACCACCAUCAUCAUCAACCGCACCAGGCUGAGGAGAGCAUACCCCACACCGGACCUUUGUACUAUAAACCAUCCUCCCCAAACAUCUCCCAAUCGCCCAGUUUCCCCGCGCCUCCACACCACACGUGGGAAGACAGCGGGUCCCUUCACAGCUUUCAUCAGAACUACCUUGCGACUUCACACAUGAUAGACCAGCAGAGGAAAAACGCGAUGUCUCGGUUGUUCUCGUUCAAGCAGUCUCCCGCUGACACGCCGAUGUCAAGCUGCCAGAUGCGCUUUGAUGGGUCUCUGCACGUGUCCAUGGGCCCGGACACCCAGGGUGCGCAUCGCGCGCUGGACAGUUUUGCUUUAGCGGGACCUCCGAGGAAACAGCACGCUGUGGGUUUACCCCAUUCGCUUAACGUCGGACAUCCCUUACUGGAAAGCCCGGUGGCCUCACCCCAGGCAAGAGGAUCUCCGUCCAGCGAGGGUUUGUGCGCUGUGUGCGGGGACAACGCCGCCUGCCAGCACUACGGGGUGCGCACAUGCGAGGGGUGCAAAGGAUUCUUCAAGCGCACCGUGCAGAAAAACGCCAAAUACGUCUGUCUGGCAAACAAAAACUGUCCUGUGGAUAAAAGGCGGCGAAAUCGAUGCCAGUAUUGCCGUUUUCAAAAGUGCCUGGUCGUAGGGAUGGUAAAGGAAGUUGUGAGAACAGCCAGUUUAAAAGGCCGAAGAGGUCGCCUCCCCUCCAAACCUAAAAGCCCGCAGGACAUCCCUGUCUCUAUGACACCCGUCAAUCUCCUGAACGCCCUAGUGAGAGCGCAUAUAGACUCCAACCCCUCUAUGGCCCGGCUGGACUACUCUAAAUUUCAGACGAGUCCAGAGUAUCACAGUGCAGGAGAUGAAUCUCUGCACAUCCAGCAGUUCUACGAUCUCCUCACUGCUUCAAUGAGCAUCAUUCGCGGAUGGGCCGAAAAAAUCCCCGGGUUUACUGACCUUCCCAAAUGCGACCAGGAACUACUUUUCGAGUCAGCCUUCCUUGAACUUUUUGUGCUGCGACUGGCUUACAGAUCUAACCUGGCAGAGGACAAACUUGUUUUUUGCAAUGGUGUGGUUUUACACAAAUUGCAGUGUGUGCGAGGCUUUGGGGAGUGGAUCGACUCUAUUGUUGAGUUUUCUUCUAACCUUCAGAGCAUGAGCAUAGAUGUCUCUGCCUUCUCCUGCAUAGCCGCUCUCACCAUAGUAACAGAGAGACAUGGACUAAAAGAGCCCAAGAAAACAGAAGACCUUCAAACCAAGCUAAUAAACUGUCUGAAGGAUCAAGUGUCCUGCAGUGGUGAAUUGUCGAAACUUCUGGAGAAACUGCCGGAGGUGCGCGCGCUGUGCACGCAGGGACUGCAGCGCAUCUUUUACUUGAAACUGGAGGAUUUGGUUCCCACGCCUGCGAUCAUUGACAAGCUUUUUCACGAUACUCUGCCGUUCUGAACAUUCGACUGAACUGCGACGGGUUCAUAAAACUUUGAUGAUUCCUCCAUGUGUCGGACUUGAAGAAAUGAAACUGGCGGAUGGUAGCCUAUUUUAUAACGUUCGGAGCGCGCGCUGCCUGGGACAGUCCUGUUCAAGAGAACCGCGGAGGAAAUAAAUUAUUCAGAUAUUCAAAAAAUUGAGGAUAAAAUAAAGGACUAUUCUUAUGCUUGUUUAAAAUGUGUUCAGUUAUAUACUGAAAAAAAAUGCCGCGUGGUGGAAAUGUAUUUGUAUUGUUACGCGUCAUAUUGUUUAUGUUCCCUGCAAAGCGUUUAUAACUUUACAAGUGUCAUGCAAAAUGUAGCCUAAUGAUUUAAGAGAUCAAAUCAUUCCGCCAAGGUACUUUAUUAACCACUAUCUAAGUCAUUCUGCAUUAUAGUAUCAGAGUGCACAUAGGAUUUUUAAAACUGCAACAUUUCAGACUUCAGAGUGGAUACAGACAUAUAUAGCACGUUUUUGUGUUUAUGAUUUUGAGUAGUGAAUUAUAUUGUUAUGAAGACAUGAAUCGCUUUUUUACAGUUCAGACAGUAUGCAUGUAAUUCGUUGAGCUAUUACAUUUCUCCAGCACUUUGUAUUAAUUUCAUAUUGAAAUAGGCUAAUGUCCAUGAGGUUUACGUGCAACUGGUUUCAAAUUCUUAACACUAUGCUUAUAUAUUUCAGAUCAUUGUUUUCUAUGAUGUUAUGGAUUUUGCACUGCAUUCUAUGUUAAGCUUCUCUCAUCUAGUGUAUUUGCUGAAUAAACCUAACUAUUAUAUAUUUUA